AUGUCCCGCGGGCUUCGGAUGCUUGGCCGGCCAGUGCUGCUGGGCGUUUUGGUUUCAUUCCCCUGCUUUCGCAGCUUCGUCGGUGAGAGUUGGAGGCUUCCGCAUGCGGGCAGAGGGCUCGGGCUCGGGCGCAUCGGGCGGGGGGAUGGUUCGGGAAAUCGGGAGUGGAGCCUCAUGAUCUCUGCAGAAGAAGCAGUAUCCGGACUUACCGAGCAGACCAUGGCAGCUGCCGCCACGCUCCUGAACGCCACGGGCUUCGUAGUCUUGCAGGGAGCUUCCCUCUUUACUGAGCUGGAGCUACAGCUGGGUCAGGAGACUGCAGAUGUGGAACUGGCAAAGGUGAAAUCCGCAGCAGAGCGACUAGAUCUACUGGAGAGGUCUCCUUGGGUAAGGGGCCACAACCCGCGGAAACUAUUCGAGUUCCAAGAGGCAUUGUCCUACUCCCAGGGACGGCUGGACAUGCCACAGCUGAUUGGAAGUCCAGAGCUACGAAGAUCGAGGUGGUGCGACCAUUCAGGUCUGCGAGGCAUCGCCGAGAGCGCUUUUGGUCGCCGCUGUGAGCAAAGCGUCCUCGGAGCCUUGUGGAACUUCCCGGGCUCGGGUCCACCCGUGUGGCACAGGGAUGGCUUCGACAAUCCUCUGCUCGUUGCGGUGACGGCUGCCUGUGACUACCCGCAAACUGUGGGCUUCAUCCACGGCCAGCCGAUGUCCCAUAACGGGGCCCGGUUUUCGGACUCCGAAGGCAUGAAGGCUCCGAUCGCUUCGAAGGGCGAGGUGGGGGUGCCCCUUCCUUUGAGACGGGGGGAGACUUUGCUCUUCUUCUACACCACGAAGCAUGCUGCGACGCCAAACUUGAGCAAUCUGGAUCGCUGCCUGCUCUACAGCGUCCACGGACCUGUAGGCGUGAGGGAUGAGCACAAUCACAAGGAUUUUCUGCCCUCUCUCUUCAAGCUUUCCAAGGAGGAGGCUACGGGUUUGGACGCGUUCUACCGGCACCACUUAGGCAUAUAG